GUUGUUGUCAGAGCAUGAACAGGUUGUUUCCUGUCUGCCUCUGUCCACGACAAUGUCAGUGCAUGACUGUGCAUGGGGCAUGUGUGAAUGAGAAGACACAGGUACCACUGACGUGGGGACAGAUAGGUGGAUGUGACGUACAUGACAGAUACAAGAGUUGCUCAGAAUGGAAAAAUACUCUGACUUGCUUGUUUAAUAGAAAUCUUCAUGAACAAAGUGAAGUUUAGAUAUUUACAGAUUUGAGUUGAAGCAUCUGUAUUUUCUGUCUCUCCAAAUUCCAUAAAUGCUCUUUUCAUGGUUGCAGGGGUUUGUGGGAAAACUGUGACAACCUGCUUUCCAGACUAUAUUGUGUUGGGACUUGGUGCAGCCCACUGGACAUGGAUCCUUUGGAGCUUCUGCUUAUUUGCACUGGGCACCGUGCCCUCCGUCCAGUCCUGCUGUGGCCUGCUAAAGCCCAGCAGCUCAGCUUUGGACAAUAACUGGGUACAGCAAUGUGCUGACUCUCACCUCGAACCCUCAGGCCCAGCUGCUUUUCAGCACCGACAUGUAUAAAUAGGUCCGUUUUCUGAGGAUCAGGACAUCGUUUUUUGUGGAGCCCCCCUGUGAGCACUGAACAGCAAUUUUCUUUGGGGCCGGUCAGGUAAAUCAACAGUUGGACUCACAGUAGCAUGGCUCUAAACAACCCAAACCCACUGGGACCAUGGAAGAUCACAGUUUAUGAUCAGGAGAACUUCCAGGGCAAACGUCUGGAGUUCACCUCAGCCUGCCAGAACAUCAUGGAGUGUGGCGUUGACAACAUCCGCUCUCUCAAGGUGGAGUGUGGAGCCUGGGCAGGAUAUGAGCACUCGAGCUUCUGUGGACAGCAGUUUGUGCUGGAGAGGGGAGAGUACCCUCACUGGGAGUCGUGGAGCGGCAGCAACGCCUACCACAUUGAGAGGAUGAUGUCCUUCCGCCCCAUCUGCUCUGCGAACCACAAGGAGUCCAAGAUGGUGUUGUUUGAGAGCGAGAACUUCAUGGGACGACAGUGGGAAAUAAACGAUGACUACCCCUCUCUGCAGGCCAUGGGCUGGAGCAACAAUGAGAUCGGGUCCAUGCAAGUUCAGAGUGGCGCCUGGGUGUGCUACCAGUUUCCAGGUUACCGUGGUUACCAGUACAUCAUGGAAUGUGAUCGCCAUGGUGGCGAAUACAAACAUUACAGAGAGUGGGGCUCCCACGCCCAGUCCUUCCAGGUGCAGUCACUGCGUCGCAUCCAGCAGUGAGACCUGCAGCCAGAUCUCCCAGCCUCUCCGUCUUUACCUCCUCCACAUCCUCCUCCUCCUCUUCCUUUCUUCACCCAGUCAUUCCAGCACUUCCUGGUGCUUCGCCCUUGAGACGUUUACAGAAAUUUUGUUUUAUCAAGAUGCCAAAUGGGAACAAAGAAAAGUUGUGUUAAGAAAAGAGAAAGAGUAAAUAAAAGCUCCUGACUGAAGCCCCACGAAGGAUAAAGAGUGGGGGGGUUAAAGGUCCUCAGGGUGACGAAGCAAAGCUGUGUCACUCAAAGUUGUUGCUUCUCUUAUUCGUGGAUGAAUAUGACACUAUUGAGGAUACAUUUAAAAAUGA